AUUUCAAUGAUCCCUUCAGUACUGAAGUUAAGCCAAGAAUCCUGCUCAUGGGAUUAAGAAGAAGUGGGAAGUCUUCCAUUCAGAAAGUUGUCUUUCACAAAAUGUCGCCGAAUGAGACUCUCUUCUUGGAGAGCACAAACAAGAUCUGCAGAGAGGAUGUUUCCAAUAGCUCCUUUGUCAACUUUCAGAUAUGGGAUUUUCCUGGGCAAAUUGACUUCUUUGACCCUACGUUUGACUAUGAGAUGAUUUUCAGAGGCACUGGAGCACUGAUAUUUGUUAUUGAUUCUCAGGAUGAUUAUAUGGAAGCAUUAGCUCGGCUGCAUCUUACUGUUACCAGAGCCUAUAAAGUGAAUCCAGAUAUCAACUUUGAAAUCUUUAUCCAUAAAGUGGAUGGUUUAUCUGAUGAUCACAAGAUUGAAACGCAAAGAGAUAUUCACCAAAGGGCAAAUGAUGACCUUGCGGAUGCUGGAUUGGAGAAGAUUCACCUCAGCUUUUAUCUGACAAGCAUAUAUGAUCAUUCUAUAUUUGAAGCAUUUAGCAAAGUGGUACAGAAACUGAUUCCACAGCUCCCAACACUGGAAAACCUGCUUAACAUCUUUAUUUCAAAUUCUGGGAUUGAAAAAGCAUUUUUAUUUGAUGUAGUCAGUAAGAUCUAUAUUGCAACGGACAGUACUCCAGUGGAUAUGCAAACUUACGAACUCUGCUGUGAUAUGAUAGAUGUUGUGAUUGACAUUUCUUGUAUAUAUGGGCUUAAAGAUGAUGGCACUGGAACUCCUUACGACAAAGAAUCAAUGGCAAUCAUAAAACUGAACAAUACAACUGUCCUUUAUUUAAAAGAGGUGACAAAAUUCCUUGCUCUUGUUUGUUUUGUCAGAGAAGAAAGCUUCGAGAGAAAAGGAUUAAUAGACUACAAUUUCCAUUGUUUUCGAAAAGCCAUACAAGAAGUAUUUGAAGUACGAAUGAAAGUAGUAAGAUCUCGAAAACAUCAAAGCCACAUGCAAAAAAACAAAAGACCCACUCCCAAUGGGACACCAAGAAUGCCACUGUAACUGAGGUUUUCUGGCUAUGUGGCAAGCAAAGUUUUCAUGAAGUUGAUGUGACUUCUGCAUCUCAUUGCACUGAGUGAAGAGGAAGACAAACGGGACUGAUAUUAUAUGAAUUCUCCCUGAACGUUCAGAAAGCACUGUUUAAUAUUUUUAUCCAAUCAGUUUUUUCAUAUAGUGAGCACUUUGAGCAAAUGUUGUAUAUAUAAGCAUUGAGGUGAACACUUGUAAGAAUUUUCUUAAUAUAUGCUGUAAACCUUUUUCAUGCCAUAUUAAGAAAAAACAGCUGUGACAGAAAUACUGGGUACAUAAUUUGCACUUUUUCAUGUUUUCCUUGUGGAGUUGGACUUUGAUAAACUUAGUUUUUAUGGUGAUUUUGAUGCAUGGUGUCAGGUAAAAUGUAUGCUGUAGUUUAUUUACCUGCUACAAUCAAAUUGGUUAGUAAACAAUUAAGAAAACUUGGUACAAUGCCUUUUAAAAUUUGUGACAGCUAAUACCUAACAUUCAUACAGAUCUAAUUUCGUAUAUUUUUCAAUUUGUAAACUGAAGAAUAAUUUUGAAGUAUUAUAGCAAUAAGCACCUUACCAGGGAUCAUAACUGGUAGGUAAAUAUUAGCUUUUAUAAAACAAAUAGCCUUUUGGCCAAAUUUCAUCCGGCGUUCUCCAUAACACUGGUCAUGCCCUCUGUUGGGUCUGUUUUUAUUAUUUACCUCAGCAUAUACCACUAAAAUACCUUUCUAUAAAGAUAUUUGUUUUGUAAAAUGGCUCUAUGUUGCACUGGUAUUUUUAUAAGGUUUCAGAGGAGGGUGUUCUGUCUGAAAGGCUGAAUUUACAUUGCUAAGUUUGUUUUGACAGCCUGCACAUCUGCACUUGACGCAGUGAAGAAUCUGUAUGUAUUUCCACCUUGACAUUCUGAUGUACUGAUAGGAAGUCCUAAAGAUGUGAGUGCUGGGUUCUGAUUCCCUCUAAUAGGGGUACAUCUGUGAUUGAAUUCAAGAAGAGACCAUUAAAAUGAGGACUGGACAAUACCUGCUGUAGUAAUCGGCAAACGUCACUACUUUUUAUUUUAAUACUGAACAUGGGUAGACUUACCACAGGAUCAGCCAGGACAGCAGAGCACUCCCAAACCUAAAGGAAGUAAAACUUGCUUUCCGAGUUCUGUA